AUGAACACCUUCAUUGUCACAAUCCUCAUCUGGACCACAGCAGCAUGUGCUGACAAGCUUCUAGAACAGACCACUAGUUUUCGAAAGUGCCAGGAUGCUUUGAAUAUACCAGUUUUAGAAGUGCUACCUGGAGGUGGCUGGGAUAAUCUGAGGAAUGUAGACAUGGGACGCGUGAUGGACUUGACAUACACCGACUGUAAGACCACAGAGGAUGGACAGUACAUCAUCCCUGAUGAAGUCUUUACCAUUCCUCAGAAAGAGAGCAAUCUGGACAUGAACUCAGAAAUCCUGGAUUCCUGGAUGAAUUACCAGAGCACCACCUCAUUUUCCAUCAACUUGGAACUUGAUUCUCCUUUCAAAGUCAACGGCAAGUUCUCUACUGAGUUCCAAAGGAUGAAGACCCAUCAAGUGAAGGAUCAUGCUGUAACCACCAGGGUUCAGGUAAGAAACCUGGUCUACACAGUCAAAAACAACCCAAAUUCAGAAUUCACCUUGGGAUUUAGGAAGGAGCUCAUGGAAAUAUAUGACUGUCUAGAGAAAAACCAGACAAAGAUGGCCACCUACCUGGCAGAACUGUUGGUCCUCAACUAUGGCACACACGUAAUCACUAGUGUGGAUGCUGGGGCUGCAUUGAUUCAGGAGGACCAUAUAAAAUCCUCCUUCCUUAAGAACAGUAAGGGAGACCGCGUUGCGGUGACUGCAUCUGCUGGAGCUACCUUUGCAAAGAUUAUGAAUUUCAAAGCUGGCACAGAAGUUUCCUACAAGAAUGACAUGACCACAGCCUACCUUGCUAACAGAACCAACUCCAGGGUGCAGAGCAUCGGAGGGACUCCAUUCUACCCAGGCAUCACCUUAGAAGACUGGCAGAAGGGCAUCACUAACCACCUGGUGGCAGUAGACCGUGCUGGCUUGCCUCUGAAUUUCUUCAUCAAGCCUGACAAGCUGCCUGGCUUGCCACACCACUUGGUGGAGAAACUGUCAAAGACGGUGGAAACUGCUGUGAAAAGCUACUACACCUUUAACACAUACCUGGGCUGCACAAAUGUCGAUUCCCCGAACUUCAAUUUUCAAGCCAAUACAGAUGAUGGCUCCUGUGAUAGUCAGGUAACCAACUCUCCCUUUGGAGGCGCUUAUCAGGAGUGUUCUCAACUCUCAUGGAAUGUCUUACAUCCUGUCUGCACAAAGCUGGAGCAGAAGAAUCCACUCACUGGUGAUUUCUCCUGUCCCUCUGGCUACACCCCUAUCCGUUUGCUGUCUCAGACCUAUGAGGAAGGUUUCAGGUUUACAGAAUGUAAAGACAAGUGCGUCCUGUCAAUCUUCUGUAAGAAAGUGUGUAACGAAGUAUUCGCAGUGGCCAAGGCUGAAUUUAGGGCUUAUUGGUGUGUGGCCAGUAGCCAAGUAUCCAAAACCUCAGGACUUCUCUUUGGGGGAGUCUUCACUGACAAGAGCAUCAACCCCGUGACAAAUGAACAGUCAUGCCCAACUGGGUAUAUUUCACUGAACCUGUUGGAGAACCUCAAGGUAUGUGUUUCUAUGGAUCAUGAGUUGGGGCACAAGUUUUCAGUCCCCUUUGGUGGGUUCUUCAGCUGCGCAAUGGGGAACCCCUUGGUUAAUUCUUCAACAUCCGGAGACUUAGGGCAAUCAUUUCUGCAAAAGUGUCCUGGGGGCUUCAGCCAACAGCUAGCUCUUAUCAAAGAUGGAUGCCAAGUGUCCUACUGCGUCAAGGCUGGGGCCUUCACAAAAGAAACCCUGGCCCCCGUUAGGCUACCACCUUACACUAAGAUACCUCUUCUGAGUCAGUCUGACACCGACUCUGCUGUAGAGGCAAGGAAUGAUAGUGCCCUAUUCUACACUGAGGAGUUGAGGGUAGAGGAGCCAUCAAAAGGGAAAAGUGGUAGACUGUCACUUGGGUCGACUGCUGGAAUCACAGUUGGGGUUAUACUGGCAUUAGGGAUUUUAAUUGCCAUGGCCAUCUAUGGCACCCGGAGGUUUAAGAAGAAUCAAGACAAUGGAAUUUCAAGAAGAAUGAAGAUUCCUUCUUUUCCAAGAGCUAGAGCCACCCCUGACGGGGUGCAGGAUUCAAAUCCAGCUUAA